UUGCACUGCCACUUGGUAUACUUUGCUUAUUCUCUUGCUUCGUGUAUUCUGUCCUAACCCGCAUCAUGCCCCUAGAACCUCUUCCUCCGAAUGUUGAUCUGAACAGGCAGAACCAUGAGAUCCCUGGAACACGUAAAGACGGGCAGAGUGGUGUAUUCACAAACUCCUUCUAUAACAGGUCUAUACUGACGGCUCCUGGCGAGCCGCAUACCCUUUUCCAGCUGUUUGAGGACUCUGUUAAAAAGAACCCAGGCCAUCCUCUCUUUGUCCGCCGAGCUCUUCAUCCAUCCUCCACACCUCUUGAGCCUGUAUGGACCGACACCCUAAUCCCCACAUCUUAUGCCACAGUCCAGACUAGGCGUAACAAUUUUGGAUCUGCCCUCCUUGCUCUCGAGCGCGAAGGUCGUCUUCGAGACCCAACUUCCGCGGACAUCUCUCCCCCUGAAAUCAAACAUCCUGGUGUUCCAUUCUAUGGGGAUGAAAAUAGGCGAAAGGGUGGAGCUAGAAGAGGCUGGGCCGUAGGUGUCUGGAGUGGUAAUAGGGAAGAAUGGCAAAUUAUGGAUUUAGCUUGCCAUGCUUUUGGGCUGGUAGGCGUUAGUCUUUAUGAGACCUUGGGUCCGGAUGUCGCGAAGUAUAUAACCAACCACUGUCCCUUGCCUAUCAUCGUGACUUCACAAAAUCACCUCCCCUCGCUUCUCAAGAUUGCCCCUCUCUGCCCUUCUUUGCGGGUAAUUGUCUCUAUGGAUCCUUUACCUGCUUCGGAAAGAGUAUUGCUCAACCAAUGGGCGGCUUCGGUUAACAUAGAGUUCUUCACAAUGGACGAGCUGGAAGCAAAGGGCGCUCAAGCACCUUGUAAACCCGGGCCAGAGGAGGGAGAAGAGGAGCUGGACCUGAAGAGGAUUUGUACGAUUAGCUAUACCAGUGGGACCACUGGCGAUCCGAAGGGAGUAGUGCUUACCACAGAAAACGUCCUUUCUGCAACCAUCUCCAACGGAAAGGGUGUCAAUCCGGGCCUGAUCAACGAGUCCUGGAUGUUUCUUUCUUUCCUCCCCCUCAGUCACAUCUAUGAGCGGUUCGCCGAGAUUGUCGUUAUGUAUGGCUGUGGUACCAUCGGGUUCACCAGAGGAGAUCCCACAAAGCUCCUUGAAGAUGCUCAGCUUAUCAAGCCUCAUUUCAUGGUCGGUGUACCGCGUAUGUGGAACCGUAUCCACGCGGCUGUAAAGGAGCAAAUGAAUAGUGGCGGCCUCAAAGGCGCCCUGCUUACUAAAGCAGUUAACACCAAACUCGCAAAGUGGAGAGAAACAGGUGAAGUCACUCAUCCAAUCUAUGAUGCCCUUGUUUUCCGAAAAAUAAGGGCCUUGUUGGGCGGCCGAUUGGUAUUUAUCGGGUCAGGAGCUGCGCCAUUGAGGAAGGACGUGCAUGAGAUGCUCAAGGUUGUCCUGAGCUGUGAAGUCGUCCAAGGAUUCGGAAUGACAGAGACUGUUGGCACCUGUUCUGUUGGAAUUCCUUGGGAUGUAGGAGGACCAGGUACCUGCGGUCGUUUACAGCCCUGUAACGACGUCAAACUUGUUGACGUCCCCGACAUGGGAUACACUGCAAGAGACCUUCCCAACCCCCGAGGAGAAGUAUGUCUUAAAGGUCUUAACAUCAGCCCUGGAUAUCUCCACAAUCCCAAAGCCACCAAGGAAUCUAUCGACGAAGAUGGGUGGUUCCAUACUGGAGACAUUGGCGAGAUUGAUUCUGCCGGUAGGCUGAAGAUUGUGGAUCGUCUCAAGAAUGUCGUCAAGCUCAGCCAAGGUGAAUACGUGGCACUGGAAAAGCUCGAAGGACUCUACGCUCUCGAUCCCCUUUUCGCCUCAUUCCUUGUCCACGGCGAUUCUACACGCUCGUCCCUUAUCGCUAUCGCUAUCCUCGACCCACAGCAGACAUCAAACCUCGUCAGCAAGGUCCUGGGCAAGAAUGUGCCCUCGGAGAACUUGCGUGGUUUGGAAGAAGCGGCGAAGAGUAAGGAGAUCAGAAAGGCGGUGUUCAAGAUUUUAGGCAAGACCGCUAGGCAGAACAAGCUGAAUGGCUUCGAGAUGAUCAAGGGUUUAUAUCUCACUCUCAAGCCAUUCCCGGAAGAUAUUGUGACCCCAACGUUCAAGGUCAAGCGUAACCUCGCUGCCAAAAUCUAUGCAAAGGAGAUUGAGGAGGCGUAUGAACGAGGAGAAGAGGAAGCAGUGGAAGCUUUGAGAGAGGCGAGGCUGUAAAGUCACCGCUAGGAAAUUGUUGCAAGCAGGUUAGCACUAACAUGUACGACACGAUUGUACUGUACCAUGAAGAAAGAAACGAAAGCUGGGUAGUAUGUUUUGGUCAAAAAUAAAUCAUGCAUUGCUGCAUUUCAUCUU